CGACUAUCAUUUGUGUUAUUCUUUUCUUAGUUUUUGUUCCUUCUCUGUUUUUUCCCCCUUCUUUCUCCUUCGUCUCCAGCAUUGCCUACCUAGAGGGUGUCGAGCUUUGGGGUGCCGUUGUUCUUGUUUUUUUUUUCCUUUCUUUCUUUUCUCCAUUCCUUUUUGCUUCAGCCAGCAACCGCGCAUUGGUUGUGACUUGAAUGUUUGGUUCUUUUUCUUCUUCAUCUUUUAUACCUCGAUUCAUACUAUCAUUACAUGCGCGUAUCUGCCCGGGUGGUGAUCGUUGCUUAGUACACUAAUACUCUAGCAUUGACUGCACAUUAAUCACCCACCCUCUCAUCACUCAAUCGAACGACAAAGAACUCGUGCGCGCUGUUGGACGGCAAGCACAACACAUCACCUAUAAUCGACUCAACUUGGCCAAAGGUUAUCUCUAGGGUCUUGGCUACACAUGUUCACCUGAAGUCCGAAGUUGACUGCUUGAACAGAGCAGCGCUGCUGCGGGAAGCGACGAGGUUCACCCCGAGUUUGCCGGGACGGACAGUGCCGACUUUUUGCUCUUCUCCACAGGUGUUGAAUCAACUUGAAUGACACCGUCCCCGGUGGCUCGAGAAGAUAUGCAGACGGUGAACCACUCAUCCGCCAUUUUUGGAAGAUAUAAUUUCUUCUCAAGGAUGGACGCAACUAUGGAAGGCCCCGCCGGGGAUCAAAUCGGGACGCAAUUUCACCACCUCAGCUACUAUAUCGCGCUGGCAUGCAUAUUAUUGGGCGCAUACUUUUUCAAACUGCAGAAAAAUGCCAAGAGGAGUCAGGUUGAUGCGCCUUAUUACAAGGCCUCGAUAUGGAAAUGGAUGUUUGACGCCGAGACCCAGAUCAUCGAAAGCUAUAACAAGUUUUAUGGCAAAGUCUACCAAAUAAAAGCAACAGAAGGCAUGCAACUGGUACUACCACCGGCGUUUGUGGCAGAGCUGAAGAGCCUGCCUGAAGAGACGCUGAGCGCAACCGCAGCGAUGUGUGAGGCCAUGUUGAGCGAAUACACCCACUUCCACUUCGCCAACAACGGCGAUCUGUUGGCGGCUUUGGUGAAAACCAAACUUGCCCAGAACGCAACCAACUCCACUAUCGUGCCGCGAUUAAAAGAGGAGAUCGAUGUCCUGGUGGCUGAAGAAUUCCCCGAGUGUCGCGACUGGACGACCUUCAAGAUACAGCCCUUUACGCUCCGUGCGGUAACUCGCAUGGCCGGGCGCAUCUUUGUGGGGCCGGAAAUCAACCGACGCGAGGACUGGGUCGAGACCAACAUCAACUUUGUCGUGCACGUCUUCAUGACCGUGGCCAAGCUGCAGUUCAUGCCGCAGUUUCUGCGCCCGAUAGGACAGUACCUCGUGCCCGACGUGCGACGCACUGCUGCCGAUCUCGAAAAGGCCGGGAACUUGCUGAAGCCUAUCAUUGACCAGCGGAUGCGCGACAAGGAGAACUUUCCAGGCUAUGAGGCGCCCGCAGACAUGAUUUCCUGGCUGCUCGAAACUCUCUCCGACAAAGACCGGGCUGACAUUGCUGUCCAUGCCCAGCUGCAACUCAUGCUUGCGAUGGCCAGUGGCCACGGCACCAACAACAUCAUUGUCGACUGCAUCUUCGAUCUUGCCGAUGACCCUGACCUGCAGGACGAACUGCGAGAGGAGGUGGAGGCUGCGUAUGCUACCGGGGCACCCGGGAGUGACUGGACCAAGGAGAAGCUUCUGAUGCUGAAGAAGAUGGAUAGCCUCAUGAAGGAGGUGCAGCGGUUUCGAGGCAAUCUCAUCGGCUUCCACCGCAAAGUCCUGAAGCCCAUAUCCCUCUCCGACGGCACCUACCUCCCUCCAGGAACAAAGCUGCUCGUCCCACAGGCGGGCAUCUCCCGCGACGGGGCCUUUUACCAGUACCCCGACCACUUUGACCCGAUGCGCUUCUACAAGCUCCGGCAACAGCAGCAACAAAGCAGCCGAGACUCGAGCGGGUCCGGGGACGAGGACUCGGCCAGGCACCACCAGUUCACGGCCAUUGUUGACACCAACGUCAACUUUGGCGGCGGCAAGCACGCCUGCCCGGGCCGGUUUUUUGCCUGCACCGAGAUCAAGCUGCUUCUGGCGUACUUUUUGAGAAACUACGAGGUCCGCCUCAAGCCGGGCGAGGGGAGGCCCAAGCCCUUCACCAUGAUGAUGUCAAAAGUCCCGAACCCAGACGGCGAGGUGCAGUUCCGCAGGAGGGAGUGUGCCGAAUACUGAAAGACGGGGUUUUUUUUGGCUGUUUUGUAGUUUAGAGGUCAAUGAAAGAACCAGAAAUUGAGUACAUCGAGCGGCAAG